UACGAAUGCAACUAUUAAUUGAUUGUUUAUCUGAAGCUAUGAAUACCCAAUAGUAAUAAUUCCUAAAGACGUAUUUUAUUUCCGAUAAAAGACGAUUUAUGGUGUUUUUAAGCCUUUUUGCAGUCGUCUUUUACUUGACCUGUCUUCCACCUGUUGCAAGUUUUUGGUUCUUUUCGUGUCGUCAUGGUAACGGUAAUGGUGACGUAGGUUAUUCUUGCUGGGCUUUGUGUCAGUGUCGCGCGCCAAACACCUGCGAGGCUGGUGUCCAGCGGUGUGUGUCUCCGGGACAACUGAAUGAUCACUGUCACCUUACCAGGCCCUGUGGCAGGGGACUCAGCUGUCAUCCGGGAAUCCAGAAAUGUUAUCACGUGCCAAGACGUCUGUAUGAGCCCUGCGUGGCGGGAUAUGAGUGUGGCAGCGGUCUUACUUGUCAACCAGGAAUUCAGGUUUGUUUCCACGCCUUACGUCGUUACAAUGAACCCUGUGUUGGCGGAUAUUCGUGUGGUCCUGGGUUGAGCUGCCAGCCCGGUGCUCAAAGAUGUCUCCAUUCCCCGCGCUUGGAAAAUGAGCGAUGUUCUUUGGGGUUCGAGUGUGGUACUGGUUUAGAAUGCACGCUCUGUGCUGAACCCUAUUUGACAUGUCAGUUAGGUCGAAUACCAGAUCAAGACGAAGAGUUUUACAGACGUCCUUACAACAAGGUAGCAUUUCUUGUUACCCACAAUUCUUUUUCCAAUGGCGUCGAGUACGCGGUCUGGGUCCACAAUCAACGGGUCAGCGUUGCGCAGCAACUCAAAGACGGUGUGCGCGGACUCAUGCUGGAUAUCUAUCCUGGGUGGGGUAAGGCGGAGGUUCGACUGUGCCAUGCCGUCUGUUUCUGGGGCGGUUCAACCGACCUUCUCGACACCUUGAUACGAAUCCGUGACUUCCUAGAGACCAACCCCCGUGAAGUGGUCACAAUAAUAUUUGAGGAUUACCUCAGAAAUCCCACCGUCCUGAAGCGUGUAUUUGACCAGGCUCGUAUCUCUGUUCAUGUGCUGAGAAGCGAACACUGGGGGUCACUGUACAGGGACUGGCCUACGCUUGAAGAGAUGCGAACGCUUGGACGCCUGGUCGUGUUCAAUAACAAUGGUCUAGGGGGAUUCCCCUAUACUGAGAAUAAUAUGUGGUACUACGUGCGGGAGAACCGUUAUGGACACCCUGGACAGGACACUAAGACUUGCGUAGAUCGAGCAGAAUCCCAAUACAACGUACACGAUAAUGAUAACUGGAGCCUUGUGCUGAUAAACUGGUUUGGCACGAUACCCAACCCCCUAGACCCAUGCCUUAAUUCGUUCCCUACAUUACAAGACAAACUCACUACGUGCCAGCGAGCAUUUGGUCAGCUGCCUAACUUCCUAGCGGUGGAUUUUUAUCAUGAUGGAGAGAAGGGUGGUGCCUUCAAAGCAAUAGAAUGGCUAAACAAGCAAUGGAAAGAAUUCAAGAAUCGAUAUCUCCAAAAGAUAAGAACAUCUAUCGUAAAUUAUUGGAAUCAAAUUCUGACGGGAAAGAAUGGAACAGAGCCGAAAGUGAAAAAUGUGACAUCCAAUAUAUACCACGUGAUAAGUGGGGCAGAGCACGUGAUAAAUACAACCAAUCAGAUAAUGAAUAUAACUCACGUGGUUAAUGCAUCAGACCAAUCAUCGAGAGUAAAAAUCCAAUUGGUUAAUAUGACAGGUCAUGUGAUCAAUAUGACUGGUCAUGUGAUAGGAAACUCGAGUCAGCCUUCUGUUACCAUGGAAAUGCCGAUGUAUAACAAUUCUAUUGAAAGAUUUAGGAAUAAUUCGUUUACAAUUGACAGCAACGAUAAAUUAAACAAAGAGGGAACCUUUUUCAACAUCAGCAAAAGUAAUAAUGAACAAUCUUUGAAAAACAGAACGAAAAUGAAAGUCAACAUAAAUUAUGCAAGGGCUUCAAACAUGGAAGGCUUGGACUCAAGCAAUGCAACGUAUUUUAUGGAUAUUAACAAAACAGAGAACGCGAAAAUGUUGGCUUUACAGCAGUCAGAUUCUUUAAUAAACCAGUCCAAAAUGGGAAAAGAUGUGUUGAAUGGUACUGAAGUGCUCAGCGAUGUAAAUGAAGUUUCAAACAACACUGAAGGGCCGUCAGUAGGCCAAAGUAUGCUGUCAAACACAGCAACAACUUUUCAAUGGAGAAAUAACUCAAAUCUAGCACAAAAUGAGAACGACAGUAAUUUUCUGAGUGCGAACUCUAAAAAUGCGUCACAGGGCAAGAUAUUUUUAAAUGUAACUAAAUUCAAUGGUAUCAAGUUUGACCGAAUGUUGAGGACAACAAACAUAAGCUUAAAUCAAACGGCGAGCAAAAACAAGCUCUUAAAUCUUUUCGAUUUAUUUUCUCCUGCAAGAAAUUUAACAACAAAAAAUUCAGAAACAAUCAAGAAUAAUGAAACUACAGACACAGAAAAAGGCAUGGCUCAAGAACAAGUCAAACCAUUCUGGAAUAUUCCGAGCAAUAACAGAAACAGAACUGAAUUAUUAGAAGAAAUAAUAGAUGAUAUACGAUAG